GUACUCAUUCUCUACAGAGUUCCACAUUGACUUAGACCAACAUUUAAUCUACAAUUUUCCCAUCAUUUCCACAGCUACAGUUUGAUCACAGGCAAAAAAAUAUCUUCACAUCUUUCCUGCUGAUUUUCCAGAAAAUAUUGAUGAGAAACGAGCCCUAGAAAUUCACCAGAACUGAUCUUUGUUUUUUGAUUAGAUCAAAGCAGCUAAAAGCGAAGAUCACAGAAGAGAUGACGGAGAGAGACGUGGUGGAUGAAGAGUUCAACGAGGAGAGGGCGAAGAUCGAUGAAGAUUUGGAGACUAACAGCGAAAGUAUUAUCGCCGUGCUCAAUAUCGCUGUGAUCCUCUCUGCUCUCUCAUCGUCUGAACCCGACGAGCAGCGUCUGAAUUUGGAUGAAAUUGAGGAGAGAGAAAGUGGAAUCAGAGGCAAAAACAGUGGAUCGAGAUCGGAUUUCCGCCACCAGGUGAGUGGAUUCAGCCGAGCUCUUGAACGGCAGCAGUCGUCAAAGAUUCAAGCCAAGAUCAGAGACUGCAGGCACAGCAGAAGACUGUGAGGCGUGAAGGAGAAUAUAGAGACAUGUAGAUAGAUCGAUAUAUCAUAUAUGCAUCUUCGUCUACCAUCUAAUUUUGCAUUAGAUAGUGUUGGCUAGCAACCUCGUAUCAACCAUGUUAUUUAUCACCGACAAAAUACUGCUCAAUCGAUACCAACAUGUUAUGUUCGCAGUCUAAAUGUAUUAACGACGAAGCACAGCUCAGCUGAUAGCUGGUAAGAUUUUUCUCCUCUAA